UGGAUUAGAUAUAUAAGAAAAUUGGGCUCAACCAUGGCCAUAUUUAUUUAAUCCUUAACCCAAGUUGUACAACUUGAACUACAUAAGUCAAGUACUGUACUUUAUUAAAUUUAAUUAACAAAGAUGGAUGAAAGACCUUCAAGUACUAAAGUUAAAAAACGCACCUCUCGCGCUGAAACAAGGGAGAACAUGUUGCCGGAUGAUAUAAGCAGCUCAGAGAGCAUACAUUCACGAAAAAGGAGAGAUCAAAAGUCCCUACCGGCACUAAGUGCCGGCAUUUCAGCAACACAAAUGAUCAAAAACAUGGCUGAACAGCUGGGCAAGGAUGCUAAAAAAUUACAAGCAGAAACCAAAAACAUGAUAGCCCAAGCGAAAAAUAGUUUCAACAGUUUGAGCCACAUUACAAAAUUUCGAAAAUCCCCUCAAAAUCAAAACAGUCCUAAUGAUGACAGGUGAUCAUGUCUGAUUUACAAUAAGUAGUCAUCGUAAUGGCGGUUACAUUAACUGUUAUAAUAACCUACUUGAUCGCUGAAUACAUGCCUAACUUCAAAAGACAAAAGCAAUGUAAUAAACAAUUUACAAUUGCGUUGCCUGCGGAAAAAGCUUUGUUUAUAAGGCGGAGCGAUGAAGACGUUGGCCAUACUGUAGAAAAUAAGACGAACUCAAUUACAAAAGGUAGAGUUUUAUCCACCGACAAUGCCAUGAUAAUACGACUGAAUGAAGCGGAUGUUAUCCCCUUUACUCCUGCAAAGGACGCGAAGCCAUAUACACAAGGUACUGUUUUAUCCACCGAAAAUGCCUUAAUAAUACAACUGAAUGAAGCCGACGUUAGUCACGUUACUUCUGCAGCGAAUGCGAAUGCGAUUAUAAGAGGUACAGUUUUGCCAGCGAAAAAUUUCUUGAUUAUAAGAUCUAGUGAUGUAGGCACUAGCAACGGUACUAUAGAUGAGAAAACGAAGCCAGUUGCAAUCGACAUAGCAAAGAAACCAACGGUGUGGACGUUUUUAAAAAGGCGAAGGUUAUUCAAGAAUAAGAAUUUGCGUAAUUUUGUUCUAAAUCGUUUGUUGAAGGAUGGGAACAGACAGUUAGGCGAGAAUAAUGAGAACUAAAAUUAACGUGAACGUUGGGUGUUACCUCAAGUCAAGAGUCAAGAAUAACUCUUUUAUUAUACUGCAAUAUAUUUUCUUUACGUAAAUCCAA